AUGGAGACCAGACCUGCCUAUGAGAGGGCUCUUGAAGAGUCCCAGCUCUUUGAGCAUCUUCCGAAUGAGGUAGCGGAACUCAUUCGCACAUCUUCGGGGACUCAGUACCUCAAUGCGCUUGCGGUUGGUGCAUUGCGAUCAAAAUGUACAGAAGGCUUUUUCUGCCUAUAUGAGCCGAUCUUUGUGGAUCUGGCAGCAAGAUGGCUUGCUUCAGACUUUCAUAAUAACCAAGUCGACAUUAUCUCCGCUUUUUCACGAAUCCUACCGUUUGCGCCAUUUCUUGCUUCUUUCGCAAGCCAAUAUGCUAGUUCUCGGGCUGGACCUCUAUCCGUUUUGGCUGCAUCUGACGAGGCAACUCUUCUGCAAUUAGAUGAUACCACUAUUCGCACACUAUUAUUAUCGGUCUUUAGACUUCUCUCAUAUGACUUAGAGACUUUCUCGAGUACCAUCUCGCCGUCACGCCUUCAAUCCCUCUUCCAACAUCCAGACCCCUCCAUACGGUAUCUUGCGAUUCGAUGUUUUGCCUUGUAUAUGCACGCAGCGGAUGCUGCCACUGAGAAAAUGGUUCAGAAGUAUAUUGGUGCCGAUGUUAUUGAAGGUGAAUGGGAAGGGAUCGUGAUCGACUAUCGCUGCCUUGGUUUGUGGGAAGAGCGUCGGUGGGGUACUCUGGAGAAACAGACACGAAUUGCACGGUCAGGUCGGUCGGUCGAGGACAUUCUAUCACAAGUUGAGAAGCUCCGGGAGUAUUUCACGCCCCGGACUGCUGAAGUCUGCGGUGUUCUUAUUCCUCGACUAAAUGAGAUGCCAACCCCAGCAUCUUCAAUUGUGAAAGCGCCCACCGCUGUGAGGAAUCUUCGUAGGAUCGCGACGGCAUUGACUGCCUCGAAUCCCUUGCUAUUAGUUGGUUUACCGAAUUCUGGCAAGACUUCUUUGGUCAAUGACGUUGCCGCAACCAUGGGCCAGUCUGAAUCUAUGGUUACCUUACAUCUAAAUGAGCAGACGGAUGCUAAGAGUCUUCUUGGGAUGUACUCAACGUCCCCUGCCACUGGCUCAUUUUCAUGGCAACCAGGCGUAUUAACUAAAGCAGCCAGGGAAGGCCGAUGGAUUCUAAUCGAGGAUUUAGACCGUGCACCUUCUGAAGUUAUCGGUCUUAUCUUGCCUAUAAUCGAGAAAGGAGAAUUGACUAUAGCGAGUAGAAAAGAACGGAUAAAGUGCGCUGAGGGGUUCAAGAUCAUUGCGACCAUGAAGUCAUCAUAUAAUAUCGCAGGCGAAGAAGUCGCUCCAAGCACAACGAUCCUGGGAAGCAGAUUGUGGCAGAGGGUUCACAUCGAACCCCUCUCAAUUGACGAAAUCCAAGAAGUCAUUACGCAAAAAUUCCCACUUCUUGAGUCUCGGGUUCCGACUAUCAUGGAUGUUUACCAAAGGCUUUGCUCUUCUUUUCACGGAAGCCUCGCGAUCAAGAGCUCUCAAGGCCGGACUCCAGGUCUUCGUGAUCUUAUCAAACUCUGUAGCCGGAUGCAUAGGCGACUGCAGCGUCUAGGAGCUAAGACUGGCUAUGAAGCUAUGCCGGAAGGUGCUGAGGAUGAAAUAUUCUUGGAUGUUGUGGACAUAUUCCUCAGUUACAUCCCAGAAAAAUCAUUGGCAGAGUCACUUGCCCUAGUUGCCGCGGAGGCGCUUCAGAUAUCACCACAGCGAGCACAGUUCUGCCUUAGUGAACGAAUUCCCGCGUAUUCCGAUCAGGGUAAUAACAUAGUGCUCGGUAGAGAAGUCUGCCGAAAGAUCAAGGUACCCAGCGGUUCAGUUUCCAGGUCAUCAACGCGUUUUGCUUCAACCAGAGCUGCGUUGAAGCUUAUGGAACAGGCUGCAGCUGCCAUACAAAUGGCGGAGCCUAUGCUCCUUGUCGGAGAGACAGGUAUUGGAAAGACAACGGUGAUUCAGCAGCUUGCUACCCUAAUGCGGCAGAAGCUCACAGUUGUGAACUUGUCGCAGCAGAGUGAAAGUAGUGAUUUGCUAGGUGGUUUCAAGCCUGUUAAUAUCCGUACAAUGGCUGUUCCCAUGCUUGACGAAUUCAAUGCUGUGUUUGAGUUGACUUUCUCAGCAAAGAAGAACCAGAAAUUCUUGUCGUCCGUUGCAAAAAGCGUCGCUUCAGGAAACUGGGCACGGUUGGUACAUCUUUGGCACGAAGCUGUUCGGUUAGCCGAUGGUGUCUUCAAAUCUAGUAACGGGCCCUCCCAAGAGGGUGAGGAGCAACCCACGAAGAAAAGGAAGUUGGACUCGCCCAAGUACCAGCAUUUGCGGCAGAGAUGGGAAAGGUUCGCAGGACAAUUGAAUGACUUCGAGGCUCAGGUGGCUCAGGGCGAUGCCAAGUUUGCCUUCGCUUUUGUGCAGGGAAAGAUUGUGAGGGCGUUACGAAAUGGCGAAUGGGUCCUCCUCGAUGAGAUUAAUUUGGCCUCACCGGACACUCUUGAGAACAUUGCUAGCCUUCUACACCACGGCACUGAAGGCUCACCAUCUGUCCUGCUUUCCGAGGCUGGCGAUGUGGAAAGGGUAUUUGGACAUCCGGACUUUCGCAUAUUUGGCGCUAUGAACCCUGCUACAGACGCAGGAAAGAAGGAUCUUCCUCCUGGUCUUCGCUCCCGGUUUACUGAACUCUAUGUACACUCCCCAGACAGUGACCGGGAUGAUCUUCUUGCUCUGAUCCAGAAGUAUCUUGGUGAUUUGACUUUAGGUGACAUGAGAAUCGCACCAGAUCUUGCGCAACUCUAUCUGGAAACGAAGAAGCUCAGCAACGAAAACAAGCUUACAGAUGGGGCUGGACAACGCCCACACUUUAGUAUAAGAACUCUUGUUCGUGCCCUUAUCUAUGUCAUUGAUCACGCGCAUGUCUAUGGCCUACGCCGAGCAGUUUUCGAAGGAUUCUCCAUGAGCUUCCUGACUGUUUUAAGCCAAGAGUCGGAGAGACUGCUGCUGCCACUUCUUGAGACACACCUUUUUAGCAGUGCAAAGAACGCCAGAGCACUUCUCGGCCAGACGCCUAAGCCUCCAACCGAUGGCUUCGACUAUGUCCAGUUCAAGCAUUAUUGGAUGCGACGUGGGCACUUGGUUCCAGAGGAACAACCACAUUACAUUAUAACACCUUUCAUAGAGAAAAACCUCAAGAACCUGGUCAGAGCAAGUUCAACGCGUCGGUUCCCUAUAUUGCUGCAGGGCCCAACUUCUGCUGGAAAAACAAGCAUGAUUGAGUACCUGGCGAAGGUUUCCGGAAACAAGUUCGUUCGUAUCAACAAUCACGAACACACAGACCUUCAAGAAUACCUAGGCUCGUAUGUGUCUAGCGAUGACGGCACCCUUCGCUAUCAAGAGGGCGUUCUCGUGGAGGCACUCAGAAACGGGUAUUGGAUUGUACUCGAUGAACUCAACUUGGCACCGUCGGACGUCCUGGAGGCAUUGAAUCGACUUCUAGACGAUAACCGCGAACUUUUCAUACCAGAGACCCAGGAAGUUGUUCACCCACAUCCAAAUUUCAUGCUGUUUGCGACCCAAAAUCCAGCUGGUCUUUAUGGCGGUCGUAAAGUUCUGUCCCGGGCUUUCCGGAAUCGUUUUCUUGAGUUGCACUUUGAUGAUAUUCCAGAGAGUGAGUUGGAAUUCAUCCUCAAGGAACGCUCCCAAAUUGCACCUUCAUUCUGUGCUAGAAUAGUGUCUGUCUACCGGAAGCUGUCUCUACUGCGUCAAGCCAACAGACUCUUUGAGCAGAAAAACAGUUUUGCUACUCUACGUGAUCUCUUUAGAUGGGCUCUCCGACGAGCAGAUGAUCGCGAGCAGUUAGCGAUAAACGGUUUUAUGUUGCUUGCAGAGCGAGUUCGGAACCCACAGGAAAGGGCAGCUGUGAAGGGUGUGAUUGAAGAGGUCAUGCGAGUUCGUAUAGAUGAAGAUGUGGUGUAUAGUGCUUCCGAAUUGGAGAAGCGUGCGCCUCAUCUUCCCACCGGAGUCGUUUGGACCAAAGCAAUGAGGAGGUUGUUCAUCUUGGUGUCCGUUGCACUUGAGAACAAUGAACCAGUUCUACUGGUAGGAGAAACCGGUUGUGGAAAGACACAGCUCUGUCAAGCAGUCGCAGAAGCCUAUAAAAGACAGUUGCUCAUUGUAAACGCCCAUGUGAAUCUUGAAACAGGCGAUCUCAUUGGUGCUCAACGGCCUGUAAGGAACAGGGGGGCUAUUGAACAUCAGCUAUCGAGUGAUCUUCAAGCAGUUCUUAAAGAAAGUGAACCUUUGCGACCACUGGAAGAAAUGAGGCAGGUAUUUAGUUCACUUACUGCGGACCAAUUACAAUCCUGCGAUUCAGAACUUGUCCAGAGGAUCCAAACGAACAUUGCUCGUUUGAAUGCUCUCUUUGAAUGGUCAGAUGGAAGCCUGAUUACCGCCAUGAAGACUGGGCAAUACUUCCUCCUGGACGAAAUCUCCCUUGCCGAUGACUCAGUGUUGGAAAGACUUAACAGUGUUUUAGAGCCUCAUAGGUCAAUUUUGCUUGCAGAAAAGGGACCCAUCAACUCUAUGGUAGUUGCUGACGCUGGGUUCCAAUUUCUGUCUACAAUGAAUCCUGGUGGUGAUUAUGGAAAACGCGAACUUUCAGCUGCUCUUCGUAAUCGAAUGACUGAAAUAUGGGCCCCUCAACUCUCUGAAGAUGAGGAUAUUCUUCCUAUCCUCCAGAGAAAGCUUGAACUGGACUCAGACCACAUUACCAAAGCAAUGCUAGAGUUUGCCAAGUGGUUCAAGUGUACCUUCCAAAAUUCCUCCACUACAUCGCUUUCUCUUCGUGAUCUUCUCGCCUGGGUUGAUUUUGUCAACAAGUGCCGAACUGCGGAUCCUCUAUUCGCAGUAGUACAGGGUGCUGCUAUGGUGUUUAUAGACACAUUGGGUGCGAAUCCAGCAGCGAUGCUUGCGACAGCGCUGCAUGAUCUCGAGGGAAAUCGUCGACUCUGUCUUGAUAAGCUCCGUGAACUCUUUGAUGUCGAUGCUUCAACUAUCUAUCUGCAGAAGUCGACCAUUGAGAUUGAAAACGGCUCUCUACGCGUAGGACCAUUUGCCCUUGAAAUGAACGGCAGCACAGAACCAGACCCUCAAUUCAUCUUGGAUGCACCCACCACGAUAGCUAACUCAGUAAGAAUUGCUCGUGGCUUACAACUUUCGAAACCUAUCCUGCUUGAAGGAAGCCCCGGUGUCGGCAAAACUACACUGGUGACUGCCCUUGCCAAGGCACUGGGAAAGCCUCUGACACGUAUCAACCUUUCGGAACAGACAGACCUCACAGACCUCUUUGGUUCCGAUGUCCCUGUGGAAGGAGGUGAUGUCGGUCAAUUUACUUGGCGAGACGCUCCGUUCUUGCAAGCAAUGCAACGCGGUGACUGGGUUCUCCUGGAUGAGAUGAACUUGGCAUCCCAAUCCGUUCUUGAGGGGUUGAAUGCCUGUUUGGAUCAUCGUCAAACGGUUUAUGUUGCUGAAUUAGAUCAAUCUUUCAAGAGACAUCCGGACUUCGUUCUUUUCGCUGCACAAAACCCGCAUCACCAAGGUGGUGGCAGAAAGGGCCUUCCUGCCUCAUUCGUUAACAGAUUUACAGUCGUUUAUGCUGACAGCUUUACCGACACUGAUCUGAAAAGGAUAUGCGCAAAGCUCUUCCCUGGAAGUCCAUCUUGGCAGACAGACAAGCUAGUUGAUUUCGUGUCGUUGCUGAACAAAGCUAUUGUCAAUGAACGCCGAUUAGGGGCUGUAGGCGGUCCGUGGGAAAUCAACUUGCGAGACAUUCAAAGAUGGCUUCAGUUGGCAGACCGUGGGACCCUACAGGUAUCGGCUAAUAGCUUCCUUGACGUGAUAAUAUCACAGAGAUUCCGCUCCCAGGAUGACCGAGAUUUGGUCACUCGCUUGUAUCAGCAAGUUUUCAGCGAGGUCCCGGCGCCCAGCAAGAGCUAUUACCAUAACCUUACGCCAGAAUACAUGCAGGUUGGGCUUGGUAUCAUGCAGAGAGAUCUAUACCUCCAACGAACCCAAGAAUCACAGAUGAUAGUACUCCCAAGAGACCUCAGUGUCCUCGAGUCCCUUAUGCUGUGCAUAGAGCAGUCGUGGCCCAGUAUUUUGGUGGGACCGUCUGGAUGUGGAAAGACCACCCUGAUCAGAAAGCUCGCAGCUGUGAAUGGCGCAAGCUUAGUUGAAUUAGCUCUCAGUGCUGAUACCGAUACAAUGGAUCUGAUUGGUGGCUUUGAACAAAUUGACUAUCGAAGGGAGAUUUCGUCUCUCGUUCACGAUGUCUCUCUGUUCCUUCAACAACAUAUUCUUUCCAUAAAUUCAGCAGGAACAGCUCUGAACGAGACCCCAAUCGUAUUGGAGAUAUUCGAGAAACUGCAAAGUCCGGAUGCCUCUCUGGAAAGCAUUUGUACAUUCCUCACGAUGCUAAGCCAAACGUAUUCCCAGACUGCUUUUGAUGAUAUGCUUCUCCGAGCCCAGGCUCUGCUCGAAACAACAAAGCAGUCGGAUAAAAUGAAAGUUGGCUUCGAGUGGACGGAAGGAGUCCUGACUCAAGCUGUGCAGCACGGCUACUGGGUUAUCCUGGAUAAUGCAAAUCUGUGCAACCCAUCUGUUCUUGAUAGACUGAACUCUCUCACUGAACCAAAUGGAGCUCUUAUACUGAAUGAACAGCGCACUGAAGAUGGAUCAGCCCGUAUCAUCACACCGCAUCCGAACUUCCGGCUUUUCCUUACGAUGGAUUCUCGCCAUGGGGAAUUGUCCCGCGCAAUGCGGAAUCGUUGUGUUGAAAUAUGCUUUUUGCCACAGGAAGACGAGACUGCAGUCACUACGUCUGUGCCUGCCUACACCUGCGAAUCCUUCUUAUACCGUCUUCGGCCUCUUUGGAAUCUCGAGCCUUCGGCGAGUCCUGAUGAUAUCUCAAGGCUCCUCUGUGAAGUUUGCUUAGACCAUCUUUCAAUCAGGGACCUUGCCUACUUGCAGCAGUCACUAAAGUACUUCUUACCUUAUCACGGUAAAUCAGUGGGUGAUGUUCUUUCCUCGGCAAUCCAUCGAUAUGUAUCGGUUAUUCAUGGAAACUCGCACUGGAAACCCAUCGAAUCUACCAAGAAGGCCAUUGAGUUGAGCCGCGCUUCCUUCGCUAUUCAAGGCCCUUCACAGCCUCUUCAUCCUCUUGUAAACGAGCCGCUGGUCUCACUAUUGGCAAACGAAGUGCCCUACACUUCGCUAGUGGCCCUGGCACAUCUACAGGAGUCUAAACUUGACCUACAACUUCUAAAACAAGGUUUAUUGCAAGCGGAUGAAUCCGGGAAGCUUCUCAAACCCAGCCAGAUGAGUCGCUUAGAACGUUCUUUAGCAUCGACACGGAUACCUUCAUUGAUGAAGGAUGCAACACAGCCGAUUGGUUCUUUCCUAUCUGACUGUGGCCAGGCAAUGUACGAUAUGAUUCAGAAUCUCGGGCAGGAUACUCUUCAGAACCCUCACAUAGCAAACGCUCUUCGAACUGUCCUCAACUUCUGUAUGGACAUUUUUAGACUGACUGCGGCGAAGGACAUCGACGAGGGCGAGUUUCAGGUCUAUCUUCAGAUUGGUAGAGAGCUGUGCGCUGCGUUAUCGAGCUCUUUCGAACCUCUACAGCAAUUAGCCGUCGCUCUGUCCCAAGCGCUGAGUCGAUUCCAGGAGAGCUGGGCUUUGAAGACUGGGCUCAGUAUGCAAAGACUCUGGGAGUCGUGGAGACCUGCAACCCCUGCAACUGGAGGCCAACUGAAGUCUAUCCUAGACCUGGAAAGUGUGGCUUCUGAAUUCACAAAUAUCGCGACCAAGACUCAUCUUGAUCUAUCUCAAUUAAGCCAAGUGCGCAACUCUCUGGUCAACGCUCAACAAUCCAUUGUCCUGCAUGGUGCCGAUGAAGGGCAACUAGUACAGAAUCUCAGACAGACAGUUAGUGAGCUGGCAAGCGUUGUACAACGCUCUGAUAUAACUGCAGCCCCAUACUUCUCCAACGAAUUCGAAGCAUUGUGCCAGUACCAUGACAUUUUCACGCUCAUGCAUAACAGCAAAGCAGGUGACAAUGUGAUAAAGUCCAUCUUACCGUUACUGGCUGGCCGUGACGCACGACCAUUGAAUGUGUCAGCCUUCCAGACACAGGUUCCUGAGGUCCUCCACAGACUUGCUUUAUACUCCGGGUCUGAACGCUCAUCAACAUUCGGUUCAGCCAUUAGUGGCACUUUGUCUCUCUCACUAUUAGAGAAGUUGACAAAUGUCGGUGUCACAAUCCUGGGUCAGAUGGACUCUCUGGAGGUGGAAAAGCAAACUCUUUCCAAGGCCUUGGCUCUAUCUUCUUGGGAGAUUGCUAUGGAUCAGCAUCUUGUGCUGAGGCAGGUAUCGUCGAAGCUAGCUAUGGAGCUAGUCAUUUCCCAUAAGGAAUUCUUCGAGCCUCAAUCUCUGGAGAAACUGGUCACUAUUCUCCGCACUGUUGAAGAGCAAGGCUACUGCGCCGAAUCUGGGUUGCUGAAUAUCCGCUUAGAAAAGAGUCUCCCAAGCGAUCAUUACUUCAAGAGUUUCGCAGAACAAGAACUUCCAAACCUCAUUGCGUUGUUGGCAACUAACUCAGUACAAAAGAACGACAAGUCAAUUCAGCACACUGGAGCAGCUGUAGUUCAAUUGGCUGCCAUUCUCCUGCGGCUUUACGUCCCAGACAAGCCAUUUGAUCCAUCGCUGGGAUUAGUUGUCCAAAGGCAAAGGCAUAGCCAACGUUCUUCGGAACUUACUGAUAAGGCUACCGCCAUCGCUUCAUUCGAACGGGUGUUUUCUGGCCAACCCUCGAACAUUCGGCAUGACCUCAUUCAGGGUGAAUUGCGUGACCUUGGUUCUGCUCCUCCUCCUUCAUCGGUUACCCGACCUCAGGUUUCUGAGCUAAGCAUCCUGCACGGCGAAUUUACCAGCGUGAUAAAAUCGGUUCUUGAAAGGCUCCCUAAAGACAUGCUUGGCGCAACAAGCGAGAUCUCUUCAGAGUCUCAGAGUCUGGUUAAUUUACUCCGUGAUAAUAUCCACCAAUUGAGUCGACGUCUCAGCACCCACUAUAGAUCAUAUGAUGACAUAGUCGUUUCCGCUGUGCGCUUCCUUCAAAUCCUGGACCUGGGACUUUUCCUAGUAUCCGGAAGAUCACAGCAGUCAAGCGAUGUGCAGGUGGUGGAUGCAAUCAGUGGAAGCACCCCAUUCCUUGGAGGCAUUCAUCACCCACUCUCGGAUCUGUACCAUCAGAAUUCGAAUAUAGACUCAAGACAUGCAAUUGACAUGUGGUUCCACGAGCUAUCAUCUUUGAGAGUGGCCGAGAAUGCAGAUCCGGGAAUUCUUCACACUCAAGUUGGGCGCAAUGCUCUUCGCCGCCUGUUCGAACAGUUCCAUGGGUUAUGGAAAGCGAAACUACGGGAAGAUCAGGAGGAAGAGGCAAAGAAAGCGAGCCUUUACCAAUACAGAGGAUCCUGGGAAGACAGCGAGGAGGUUGAUGAGAAUGAGCUGCGUGAGCUCUUCCCUACUUAUGAAGAGGAUCCCGUUGAUGAUGGUAAAAGGCCAACUCGUCUUGAUCCCAAGAAUAUCUCGAUCCGACUUGCCUCGCUUCACGCAGACCUCUUCCAAUCAGAAGAUCCUGGGCGAGUCCUGACAGCUUACGUGAAGCAGUCUGCUCAGCUGUUGGCCUCGCUGUGGUCCGAGGGUGAUUCUUCAGUAACACAGGUGCAUCCCAGGGAUCAUCUCUCUGGUGUUCUUUUGUUGCUUGAGGAUGCUGUCAACAAGGAAAAUAAUUCCAAGAACACGUACAACUUCUAUGUGGACGCAAAUCCUGAUGAAGGCAGAAAGCUUGUAUCUCUAACAGUGGCAACAGAAUCACGUUUCUUACAGAUCCAGAGCGCCUGGCCGGAACAUGCAGUGCUUGCAGAUGUCAUCCUUUGCUGCAAGGAGAUACUCCAAUUCAAGCAUGCUGAGCCUGUCGCAAAAUUCCUUACCAAGCUUGAAAAGCUUCAUGGUCUUGUCCAUGAGUGGCAGCUUGUUGCAAGCAGAGAGUACUCAGCUGCUGGUGUCUAUGACGAGAUCACGAACUUGAUCAUUAACUGGCGACGUCUUGAAUUGUCGACCUGGGCAAGGCUUCUGGAUCUCGAGAAAGAGAAAUGUGUCCAGGAUGUCAGCCAAUGGUGGUUUGUGGCUUACGAAGCCAUUAUCGGAGCUCCUGUCCAACUGGCGGAAUCUGGUCAAACAGACCUGAGUGAGCACACUCAAGAAGUGAUUGCCACGCUGGAGAACUUCUUCCGCUCAACCACCUUGGGUCAGUACAGCGAACGUCUGCUGCUCGUCAAGAACUUCCGGUCUCUGCUGUCGCUUUACAUUCAGGAUUUCCCUUGCCUGAAGCAAUUGGUGUCCGCACUAGACAACUUUAUGCAGCAUUACACACAGUUCGGACCACCGGUGCACAAGCUACUCAAGGAGCGGAGGUCGACACUCGAAAAAGACAUCAAGGAACAAAUCCAGCUGGCCAGUUGGAAGGACACAAAUAUUGUAGCGCUCCGAGAAAGUGCGAAAAGAUCGCAUCAUAAACUGUUCAAACUCGUCCGGAAAUACCGAGAAAUCUUGGCUCAGCCUGUCCAGCAUAUCUUGGAACAAGAUAUGCCAGAUGACAAUGAGGAGCCUGGCUCCACUGACCAAGCAUUGGUUCUACCUUCAGCAAGUUUCCCAGAAGCGCUCGCCUUGUGCCAGAAGGAGAACAAAAUCUGGCAAAACAGACCGCCUCGGUUCAGGGAUCCUGAUGGCACCGUCAGCAACAUGGCUCACAUGUAUGUGUCUCUCUCGACAGAGUUUGAUGUUUCGGAAGAUCUCGAUAGCUUCAUGAAGUACUUCUUAGAAAGCAUUAAGGAGUUCCGAUCACAAACUCCGAAGACCUUGACUGAGGAAAACAAGGAUGAUGUCCAACAUCUCAAGGUUCAAAAGCGCCGCUUCUAUGCUGAUACUUUGCGGCGGCUGCUAGAGAUGGGUGUCAAGCGUAAUGCUAGCACUAGCUUGAUUGAAGCACAGGCAUCUGUUGCACAAGUUCUUGCCAGCAGUCCGGCUCUUGAGGUUGGCUCUGUAACAACCACUGUCGUCAGAAGCUCCAAUCUCUAUUUCCACAGACUUCUGGACAUCCUUCCUCGUGUUCGCCAAGCGGCGCAUAAUUACUCGGAAGACCUCAGCAAUGUUGAAGUUUCAAGAAGCUCAGGAUCCGUUGAGCAUCUUUUGCAUUUGGUUAGGAAACAACGAGCAGCCAUAGCUCCAGCAAUGUCUGGUGUGGAAUCGCUCCAGUCAACACUCGUCAAGAUUUCAAACCUUUGGACAUCUAACCCUACCUCGGUCCUCAAGUCACGUCCCCAAUUUUCGAAUGAGGUUCGGGAUACAACCAGAGCUGUAGCCUGGUUGACCCCUAUUCUUGGCCUCUCCAUGACAGUCGUGGAACUACACGCCAAGUUCUCCGGCAUCAACUCGUCGAACAUUGUGGAUGGCCUUCGCUCCUGGAAAGAAGUCUUCAGCAAGCUGCACAAGUCACUGGGUAGUCUGCCAGAGUUACCCCAUGGCGUAACUUCACAGCUACAUGUAGAGAUUCUGAAGGAAGCAUCUUCCUCCUUUGAUAAGCUAAACAUUGACCUUACGGGCUGGGCCAAGAGCCGACCUGAUCUGUCAUUCGUCCUGAUGCAGCUAACUCCCUGGGCCCACGUUAGUGUUGAGCAAGCUGAGGGGUUGCAGUCUAAGAAUACUCUCGCUAUCGAGGAGUUUGAUGGCAGCCUGCUCACAGCAAUUGACAAGAUCCUCAUCAGUCUCCAGAAGCUGAAGGAGGUACCAUCACUGAUCGUAUCCCCGGGCUCAUUGUCACGGAGCGACGAGUUCUUCACCAGGGCUUUGAAGGCGGUUCAUUUGUCCGAUAUCACAAGCUCCCUGGAGUCUGUUUUGGAUCAGCUACAGGGCCUCAAGACACGUUCAAACUCUGGUCUUGCUCCUGCUGUCGCAUUGGUUGCAAGCUUGUUGCCUAUCAUGAACAAGUAUCGCAACAUUUGUAAGGACCUCGUCGAUCGCUACCUGACCGUGCAUCGUGAGACAUGCAAAAUGUCCUACUUGCUGGCCAAGUCAUUUACUCAGAUCGCAUCUGAGGGAUUCUGUACUCCCGCAGAAGCGUCGACGGAAGAAAGCAAAUCUGGGAAGCUGGAGAGUGGAACGGGUCUCGGCGAAGGACAAGGAGCUGAAGAUAUCAGUAACGAUAUUGGUGAUGAUGAAGACUUGUCGGAGCUUGCUCAACAGGAACAGACUGAAGAGCCUAACGAGGAUAUGGACGAGUCAGGAGACGCAGUAAACAUGGAUCAAGAAGAAUUACAGGGAGAGACAGGCGAACACAAGAAAGAGGAUGAUGAAGAGGACGCCAGUGGCGACGAAGAGGAUGACAAUAUUGAUGAGGAAGUAGGCAGUGUUGACGAUCUUGAGGAAACUGCAGUCGAUGAAAAGAUGUGGGAUGGCGCCCACGAUGAAGAGCAGAAGGAGACCGAGAACAAAGAAGGCAAGGGACAGUCUGAGUCUGAUGAACAAACCGCUGCACAAGAGAGCAAGGAGAAGGAAGGAGAAAAGGGAGAAGGCAAGAACGAAGAAGAUCAGGAGGAAGAGGAAGAGGAAGAAGAAGAAUCCCCAGACGAUGAAGGCGAGGCUGUUGGACGCGAGGAGAUGGAUGUCACGGAUCCUCAUGCCAAGGAACAAGAUGCUCUCGACCUUCCAGAAGAGAUGCAGCUUGACGGCGAUGAAAUGGAUAAAGACGAGGGCAACGAGAGUGACGAUGGCCUUGACGAUGGUCUCGACGACGAUCUUCCUCCUGCUGAAGAUGAGCAGCCUUUUGAUGGGAAAGAGGAAGAGAAUGUUGAGAACCCUGAUUUGGAUCAACCAGCAGAGGAGCCAGAGGCCGUGCAGGGUGAUGAAGAAGCGGCAGCUGAAGAUGAAGAAAUGAAAGAGGCCGAAGCCGAAGAGACAAAUGAGCCCGGGGAAGAAGAACCGGAAGAGGCUCAACAGGAUGAUUUCUUAACUCAACGUGAUGAAAAUGAAGAGGCUGGCGAAGAAGUGGCACCAAGCGAGGCUGUUAAUGGUGGACUCGGUGCGGAUCAAGAUCAAAAUAUGGAUCAAGGCACAUCUGGCAAUGCAGAGCAGGAGAGUGGUUCAGCUGAUCAGUCUGAUGAUAAACAAAAGACUGGUGCUGCCAACGAAGGAGAGGACAAUGAGCGGCAUAGAGACGCAGGUGGUGGAGAUGAUGCCAACCGCAGCGAUCCGCAGUUGCAAGCCUUCAAGAAAAUGGGCGACAUCCUCGAACAGUGGCAUCGCCGGCAAAAGGAGAUCAUGGAGGCCGCUAAACAGGAAGAGGACGAGUCAGAUCAGCCGUUGCCUCAGGAUACCGACAUGGCUGAUGCCGAUUUCGAGCAUCUUGCAGACCAAGAUGAUGUUGCUGAUACCCAAGCGCUUGGCCAGGCUAAUGACGAGCAAACACAGGCUCUUGAUCAAAACAAGGGUGUCGAGUCGGAUGCCAAGCAUGGUGACAAUGAACCUUUGCCAGACGCUUCUGACGAGCCCCAGGACACCCUCGAGAACAAGAUGCAGGAUGAGAUGCAGCUGGAUGCCGCUAGCGAGUCUAAGGACCAAACUGCCGGUGCAUUGAUACCUGGCAGCUCGCACACCCAGGAGCGCACAGUCGACGCCGUUGGCCAGCAGGAAGCCAUCGAGGAACUCGAUGAGGUAGAUGCACAAUUGGCGGCAAUCCAUCUGUCUUCUUCGCUCCCUCCGCUUACACCUCGCGAUGAGGCUCAACGGCUCUGGUCGCAUUACGAAUCCGUCACCAACGAUCUCUCACUCUCGCUAACAGAACAAUUGCGUCUGAUCUUAGCGCCGACCAUGGCAACCAAGCUGCGUGGCGAUUUCCGGACAGGAAAGCGACUGAAUAUUAAGCGCAUCAUUCCAUAUAUUGCCUCGCAGUACAAGCGAGACAAGAUUUGGAUGCGACGGUCAAUUCCCUCGAAGCGCAACUACCAGAUCAUGCUUUCUGUCGACGACAGUAAGUCUAUGUUAGAGAGUGGAAGUGGUCAAUUGGCAUUCGAAACGCUUGCACUCGUCGCCAAGAGUCUUAGUAUGCUUGAAGCAGGAGAUCUUUGUGUCCUCGGAUUCGGAAACGAGGAUCACGUUAGAGUUGCACAUGAAUUCGGCAAGCCGUUCUCUUCGGAGGCUGGCACACAGGUUUUCCAGCACUUCAGCUACCAACAGACAGGCACAAACGUCCGGAAAUUGAUCGCCGAUUCGAUCGCUCUGUUCCGCGAAGCUCGCUGGAAGCAAUCACCUGGCUCGGGCAAUGCUGACCUUUGGCAACUGGAGCUCAUUAUCUCCGACGGUAUUUGUGAAGACCAUGAGACUAUCCAGCGUCUUGUGCGGCAGGCUCAGGAAGAACGUAUCAUGAUUGUGUUCAUCAUUGUCGAUGCUGUCAAGGGCAGCUCCAUCUUGGAUCUCACACAGGCAAGCUUUGAGCCUGAUACGGAGAGUGGCACUGGGGAGAUGAAGUUGAAGAUGAAGAGAUAUCUGGAAGGUUUCCCGUUCCCUUACUAUUUGGUUGUGCGUGACGUUCGGGAGUUACCCGCUGUUUUGGCUACGGCGUUGAAGCAAUGGUUUGCGGAGGUUGUUGAUGUUUCUUCCUAA